UGUGGUGUUAACUAAUCACGACGCGAACCAUGAUUCUUCUGACAGCGUUGAGAAAAAGAACUUCUACGUUUUUAAAACAACUUUAAAAGCUGUAAUAUGAAUCAGUCUAGUCUUUGAUGACAGCAAGAUACGUUAAGCUAAGGAAUGGCGCUCAACUCCUUCUACAUAGUGGGGAGGGAGAAGUGGGGAGCUUUGCCUCCUACAAUCAAGGUAGCGUUGAGAAGACCGAUUCUGUUUGUGAAAACAAUAGUGUUGAGUGAAGAGAGGAAGUGCUACAACGAAGAUGAGUGUUUUGAGCAGCUGAGGGAUCUACAAAUACGUGAUAUGAGAAGCGGGCUGACUGACAUCAGAGCAAACUUUUUCAUUGCGGACGAUGGCAGGGUGUACCAAGGUAGGGGAUGGUUUAAUACAGCUCCUAACAACCCAAACAGCCACUUGACCAAAGAUCUGCUGGUCAUCGCCCAUUUAGGAGGCAGUCCAGAUGAAGAAUUCAGGGAUGAACUGAUGAGGUUAAAAAUGCAUCUUCUUGAUUUCGGGAUGAAGAAAAAAUAUGUUGCGAAAUUUCAUUCCAUCGUCGACUAGUUAGAGUAAGCGUAAUAUCUACAAUAAAAUAUAGUUUAAGA